AUGAAGUUUAACACAUUAAUCACAUUAGUUGCCCUGCCAUCGGUUAUCUACGCUGCUGCCGUUCCUCAGCCUACAGCUAAGGCCCAGUAUCCAAAGCGUCAGAUGGACAUUUCCAACCAGAAUGUCUUGUCCGAUAAAAUCUGGACGACGACUAACAACGAGAAGAUCACUCCCACCGUUAUCGAUGGAGUAACCCUGUCCGCCUCCCCAGUCACCAACUCUGCAACCCCAUGGGUUUCAUUGGAUAGCUCUGGUAUUCCUUACGGUGUUACCCCAAGUGUGAAAGAUGGUACUACCAUUUCUGCUUCUCCUACUCCAUCCGCUUCUAGUUUCCCAACUCCAGAUGCAGUGCCCCCAGUGUUGCGUUGUAUGAACGAUAGAGUUCCUCCUGACAACACCAUGGCUUACCCAUUCUGUGUCCAAAACGGUACCGAAUUCUUAAUUGGUGAGACCUACUGGAUUACCUGGGACCCUAGCUACUGGGGAGGGGACGAUAUCACCAGAGUCAAGUUGCAAAUUAGAGCAUAUCCUUUGAAGGAUGACGAAGAUCCAGUGUUUGUAACUGACUGGAUCUCAAAUGCCGACGGUUAUUACAUCUUCGAAUCCAAGGCCUCAAAUAUGAGAACCGGCAGUGCCGGAUGGGGAUUCCUGAACAUCACUCCUCAAACCACCUCUGAGACAAAAGCCACCUACGUUGGUACCAAAUCUGGACCAUUGGUUAGAAUAUUGACAUCCAAGAGCGAAGCUGACUUUGCAAUUUCUAGAGUGCCAUCUGACAACGGACUGUCAAAAAGUAAGGGUUCUUCUAACAAUGCCAAGGUGAUUGCUCCUGCUGUUGCCAUUCCAGUUGUCGUCCUGAUCUUUGUCGGAUUUGGUGUCUACUGGUACAUUAACAAGCAGAAGAAGCAAGGUCUCAACAUUGGUGGUGGAGGAGGAUACUUCGGUUCCAAGGCCGAGAGAACUGGUGCUGGUGCCGCAGGAACUGCUGGUGUCAACCACGAUCUCGCUUCUACCGCUUCUGCUGAAUUGGAGUCUCACAUAACCCACGAUGCUCGUACCAUCGACACCGUAACCACCGGUAACACAGCAGCCAACCCUUUCAAAUGA